AUGGACAAUUUGGUUCAAAUUAUUAUAUAUUUCAGAUUAUUAUGUUUACUUAUUGGUUAUUGGACAGCAUUUAUUAAAUAUGUUCGUCUUGUUACAACAAAUACACGUGCAUUUCAUCAUAUACCAUAUGAACUUUAUUUCAUUUGUUCGGGUGCAUUAUUUGCCAUAAUCGGUAGUUUUAUUUAUAGCCGUGUAACACGUACAAUCGAUUCAUUUAAUGAACAUUUAUCCAAUUAUAUUCUGUUUAAUAAUAAUAAUAAUCAACAACAACAACAACAAUCAAAUCAUCGAAUAAAAUCACAUUAUCAACCACAGAUUUUAUCAACAACAACAACA